AUGGCCGAUCCAUCAUAUAUUGAGAAGCUGGACACAGUGGUGGCAGAUGUUUUAGCUGAUUGGAACAUUUACAGCACUCUUUUCGCUGGUCUUCUAGCCGCCUUCGCUAUCUAUUCCCUGGUGUCAGCUCAGGACCCAGAUAUCCACCCAUUCCUACUUGCCCGCCAAUCUACUCCCUCACCUAUUCGUCAAUCAGGCGAGUCUGCAACUUACCGCAGCCUAGAAACUCCUUAUGGAUUCCCCCUUCGUGCAGGAUUGAAUGUCAAGGACGCCGAUGCUCCCAAAUGGACUUCAGGUAGAAAUGGUGAUCUCCGGGAUAUCUGGAAGGCUGCUGUGCGUGGAGCUUUGAAUGAGGACGGCAGUCCCUCUAUGAAUCAGGGAAAGAUAUACACAGUACUGGGAAGACAAGCGGUUGAACAUUCACUGGCUCAGGUAACCCAAGAAAUCAACGUGAUCGGUCAUCAUCUCCAAAAUGCGGGGGCCAAAACCGUGGCGAUCUGUCUCACCGACUCUGUUGAGCUGUUGACCUCUUUAUUCGCCGGAGCUUUCUAUGGAUUUAAAACAAUUCUCGUCCCUCACAACCUCCCCGCAGAGACCCUGUCAGCCCACCUCCAGGCAGCCAAUGUCGAUGCUUUGAUUGCCGAGGCCGGAGGCCUUGAUCUCUCAGUAGCCGCCAAAGGAAACAAGCAGCUGACGCAAGUGCUAUGGGUUGCCCAAUAUGGAAACCGACACAUGGAUUGGCAUGGAGUUCCCGAGGACAUCGAAGGUUCUCUGCAAGUAAAGGUCUGGCAUGAGCUGGUUGAGGAGAAUAAGGAUUUGGCCGGCUUGGAUAUUCCCGAAUAUGAUCCUAAGGAGCCCGCUCCUGAAAUCAACACUGUUUGGCCCUCGUCCUCGCAAUCGGGCAAGUUUAUCGAUUUCAAAUCGGAGAACUUGAUUGCUGCAAUCAGCUCCUUGGGCUCUUCCCUUCCUCGAAACCAGCGCUUCUCUUCAUCAGAUCUCGUCCUGUCCAUUGAUUCCCUAUCCCGGUCAUACCCUCUUUGCCUCAUCUUGAACGCCUUAUUCUCCAAUGCAUCCAUCGCAUUGAAUUCCGUUGCCGGUGAAGAAGUUGACUUUGGUCUGGCCACCAUUGGUGUAUCUCCCACUGUAAUUGUUGCCUCUUCCCGCACGAUGUCGGACUACCACGACUUUGUUAUGCAACCACAGGCUGGAGCCAUCUCUUCCUUUGGUCGCUAUGUCCAAACGAGAACCUUGGAUGCAGGAAACAUGCCCUCGAAGAACUUCUUCAGCCAGCUGGCUCGUAUCGGACCGACAGCGGAGCUUUCGUUAGACAAUCUGCGAUUGCUUUGCGUCUCGCAUCGUAUUGAUGCACCUGCCUCGUCUCAGCUUACCACUAAGCAAUUGACAGACAUUCGGGUCUUUACUGAUGCACGCAUUGUUUACGCCCUGACCGGUCCCGGUAUCGCUGGCGCCAUUGCCCAAACAAAUGUCUUCGACUACCGACGCAAAGAUGGUCCUAGUCACUUCGGCGCUCCUCUCAGCAGCACCGAACUCACACUGACCGGUGUUUCUGAAGCUAAGCCUUCAGAGACCCCGGAAGGCGAGAUCAAGGUCGCUGGCCCUGCUGUUGUUGGUGGAGAGACGACACUUUCUUCCCGAGCCCGUAUCAGCAAGGACAACACCGUGGAGCUUUGCACUUAG